AUGUAUUCACGUUUACUUUUACUAAUCUUUAUUCAAAACAUUCAAUUUGUUUUCGGUGGGAGUUCACAAGAAUGUUGUCUAUUUUAUGGUAUAGAUGAUAGAAAACCAUUUCAUAAUAUUUGUAGGACUAAAGAUAAACAAGUUUUUACUUGUAUACAACCACCUUAUCCUCGAAUAAAACUUGAAAACUGUGUUCCUUAUCAAGAUAAUCUAAUUACAAAUCCUUUGACCAAAGAUGAACCAUCUUCCCAAAUGUGUGAUGCUGUUUCAAGAAUUCCAAAUGGUGAUGAUACUGAUACUUUUCAUAUCAAUUGUGGGAUUGUCAAAACCGAUGCAACCGGUAAAGCUACGUUAACUCGAGCUUUCCAGUGUUCUGAUGUCGGAUCCGUUCUUAAAGUCACGCAAAAUUGUAAACCCCGGGCAGAUGAUCAACCUAAGCAAACCUUUGAUUUAGAUCGUUACCCUGUAUCAGCAGGCGUAGUAGACUGA